CCUUUAAAUUUUUUUUUAUCUUCCGCUCAUUUUCCCAUAUUUAUAUUUUUAUACUCAUUUACGUGCCGUUAUAAAUCCAUGCACUUGAGCUUCUCACUCCCACCAAUCCCAACAACAAAUUAAUCACUGAAUGGCCAACGGAGGCGACGACCGCCGCCGCCACCCUCCACCGCCCCCGGCCGCCAAGCCGCGGCAGACCUCCCGGAAAGCGUACGCCCGGGGAAAGGGCGGCCCUGAGAACGCGAGUUGCCCCUACAAGGGCGUGCGGCAGAGGACGUGGGGGAAGUGGGUGUCUGAGAUCCGCGAGCCCAACCGCGGGUCCCGCAUCUGGCUCGGCACUUUCGAGAGCGCGUACGACGCCGCGGUGGCCUACGACACCGCGGCUCGUUGCAUUUACGGAUCCCGAGCCCAGCUCAACCUCCCCCACCUCUGGGUCGACCAGCCCCUGCCACUGCCUCCCUCCCCGAGCAGUGGCGGAGACCCGUCGGACUAUUAUUCCUUUGUGAAGGACAAUGUCGCAAAUUGUAAGCCUCUCGUGUGCCCGGCGCAUCUGGGCGUUGCAGGUACCUACCAUGGCCAGACAUCUUCCAGUUUCAAUCCUUCCUCCACUCUCUCUUGCUCCACCACCAACAAUGUCGAAACCCAAUAUGAAAACCAUCUUUCGUUAUUCAACUACAACCACUGCUCUGGCCCUGCCGCAGCCACUCUGCCGCCGCUGAUGAACAUCGACGAGACUGCAGUGGUGUCGGCGGCAGACCUGCAGCAUGGCCAUGGGGGUGUGGAUGAUCCGACGGCGGGGGAAGGAAUGUGGCCGUCGGCGGGGACAUUCAACUUGAACGGGUUGCCGGAGAUCGACGACUCGUCGAUCUGGGCGGAGGCGAGUGCCGACAGCGAGCUUCAAGCAGCCGCUACUGACCCCGCCGGGUUCUUUUAUGGUGAUGAUGGUGGGAAGAGCGGCGACAGCUGCAGCUGGAUGGGUGGCUACCCUUCUUGGUACCCUUAAAUAUUUAUGCAUAUUUUGAUGAGUUUAUAUCUAUAGAAUAAUCUGUUCUAAAUGGUCCGACUCUCUGCUUCAUUUUGAAAUUGAAGAAGAACCCAAAGACAUUCCGCAGUCGUACAUCUUUCUUCUAGAUCCCUUCGAAGCGCGGGGUUGACGUUUUUAACGUUCUUGCGGGAAAUUCACAGUCUAUGACAAUCUUCAUCGAGUUUUUGGAGGGUUUAUAUUGUAGACGAUGGCUAGCACAAGGAUGACUGGUAAUCUAAAUGCCAGGCCAAGUAUUUGUUUGAGAAAGGAGUUGAUCCCGUGAGCAUUGCAGUGCAUCCCAAGGGAGACCAUGUCAUUUGAUUCACCACCGCUCUCUGUAAGUGAUUACCCUCUCUAACUUUGUUGCCGGAAUGGUCAAUAUUAUCUAAAAGUUAGUUUUUGAGGGUUUGAUUCCUCCCCCCCUUGGGUGAUUGUUUGCGAAUGUACUCACGAUACCCAAGUACUCACCUAGCAUGUUAAUCACUAUAUUAUGCUCAUUUAAAUUUCUUAGAUUUUUUUUAAUUUUGCAAGUCUAAUAAAGAUUAGUGGAAGUUCAUUGAUGGAUGAUGAUAAGUUAGACAAAUCCUGAUGAUAAUGGUGAUUAAUAUGUUUAGCUUUUUUAAAGAUGUAUAUUCCAUUUUAAUUGAUGACAAGAGAAUGUCAAAAAUGAGGUGAAUGAAGUUGUCCUGUGUGUGUGGUGUGGACAACACAGUAUGUCAACUCGCAAUACCCCUGGAAAAUUAAGAAAAAAGGGUAGUUGCUAUUUUCCUUUAAGGUGCUCAAGGUUUCACCCCAAGUCUUGUUUUUGACACUGUAAUUUCAUGCUUUGUGCUUCAAAAUCUUUUCCUCUCUUUCUCUUACACUAUUUAAUAUUUCAUUUCAAGAUGAAUCAAAUGAAAUUAUAUUUACAUCACUCCCUUCAUUUGAAAAUGAAUAACCCAUUUUCCCUUUUGAUGUGUGAAAAUAAAUUGCUCGUUUCCUUAUUUGGCAUUUUUAUUUGGUAAUAGUCAUUAGUGCACUUUUCAAACAUAUUGGCCCAAACUUGUCAUUGCAUCUUUUACAUAGUUGUUAAUGGCGAGUGGCGAGGGGCGGGCAAAAAGACCUUUCUUAUGGCGAGAGGCGUGGCGAGAGACAGGCGGUCAA